AUGGCGGCCUCACUCGCAGUGCUCCUGACCAUUAUGUUGUGUGUCGACUUUGUGCUGUUUAAGUUGGUGCUGUCUGAUCGGAGUGUUGUGAGAGCCAUGGGGAGAAAAGCCCUGCCAGUGGAAAAGAGUUUGGACCAAAUAAUAAACGUGCCAGACAGCCAACAGCUACCAGAUACACCCGUGGACCCACACGACAGCUGGCUUCUGUUUGUAGAACACUCUGAGAAGGGGGUCAAUGACAGGAAGAAGAACAAAGGAAGGGGACGAAAAUCACAGCAUGGUCUUCCGGGGCCACCAGGCCCUCCAGGACCCCAGGGCCCCCCAGGGGCUGUUGUCACACAGGAAGUUCUACUGAAAGAAUUCAAAGAAAUGCUUAAAGAAGUGGUUGAAGAAAGGAAUAGGAUCACAUUGCAAGAAAAGUGCCAGGAAUGUCCAGGAAUUCAGGGCAGUCUUGCCUUUCCCCCACUGUUACCCAGGGAGAUGGGCCCAUACCAUAGGCUGGAGGCAGCCUUUCAUUGCAAGCUGAAGGACGACCUUGUGAUGAACAGAAAGAGUCUGAGUGAGCUGCAGAACUUUCAUAUUCCUGAGAAAGAUGGUGUGUUCCUGCGAGGAAUCGGUCUGAACCUGACCAGUGGCCAAUACGUAGCCCCAGUGGCAGGAUUCUACCAGUUCUCAGCCAACCUUCAUAUUGAACACAGAGAGUACCAGAGAAGAAGGCACAGCAGACCUCAUGAUAACAUCCGAAUCCUCAUCUGCAUUGAAUCUCUCUGUCAGCACAAUGCCUCCCUGGAAACAGUUUAUGGCCUGGAUAGUAACAGUCAUAUAUUCACCAUGUUUGUCAAUGGUGCCCUCUAUCUGCAGGCCAUGCAGUACAUCUCUGUCUUUGCUGACAAUAGAUCUGGUUUUUCGGUCACCAUUCAAAGCGGCUCAGAUUUCACAGGGAUCUUCCUAGGCACGUAGAUGCAGCCAGUGGAUUGGAUCCAGCCUGCUCGAUUCCCUUCUCUCCUCCUCCUCUCCCACUCUCAGACUCCUCUUGCCACUCCGUCCCCUGCACACCACAUCAUCCAUGAAUUUAUUCCUGCGGUCGUGAGGGCCAAUAGUAAAGAGCACUCAAGGACAACAAAGACAUUUACCAGAAUUUUUUUGCCAUGGAUCUCUGGGGUUGUCCUGGAGAAAUCUUUCUUUUCAUGUAUUUUAAUGACAUUAUUUUCCCUGAGUGAGUGUUGGGAAUAGAUCAGCAAUAGCUUUCAAAGCUCUUGAUGAUGUCAGGAUGUGGUUUAGGACUCAAAAUUUGCUUGCAAUUUGCUUGCGACCUGGAUGUGUCUUUAAAGUAAGGUGCUGCAUUUUUGCAAAACUGGACAUACAAUGCAUAUUUCACAAGAGUGGGGAGUGUGAAAGAUGGGACAUUCUCCCACUGUCCCUGCAAAGCUGCAGUUCCCAAACCGCAUGCAUUGCUAUCUUUUAAAAUGAUCCCAUGCCAACUGCACAGAGAUUUGCCUCAUAUUUCUAAGUAUUUUGUUUUUUUUUUCUCUUGCCUUCUUAUAUUUGAUGGGAAAAAAUAUAGAAACCUGCAAGACAGUAAUGAAUCUAUAGUUGGCUUCCUCCCCAAGUAGGGCUCAGGAUAUG